CGGCUUGUCCAUUCCCAUCUCGCCGAACGCGCUCGGGCGGCGCGAACUACAAGGGCACCUCACUCCUUGGCGUUCAAUCUCUGCUUAUCUACACGCAUAUCUACUUGUAUAAAUUAGAUGGCAUCUCGCGCCGCCAACGGAAACAUGCAUACCCCGGUCAAGCCUAAUGUGUCUAUUGACGACAUGCCGAUGUCAACGGACGUGGGCCCUGGUCCGCAGGUCAAAGUUUCCUACCAGGAUUCUUAUAGCAAUGAACUGGACGAUGUUGCACACUCUAUCGAUGGUAGCGAUCAUGAAUAUCAGCAGCUGAUGGAAGAAGCCAUGCAUGCGUUUACUGAAGAAGAAGUUGAACAAAUGAUGGGAUUCCUGAAAGAACGAGGUAUGAUGGCCUUUUUACAAAGAUACGUCGGGCAGCUGGAUAUCCCCCCCUCCAAGCUGCUUCUCGCGUUCGGCGUGCUGCUCGCCCCAGAUCUCCGCUCCCAGCUCACAGAAGAACAUUACAUCGCCCUACUGAAGCAAGCUAUCUCACGCACACUCCGUGACCGCGAACGUCUGUCACAGUACGAAACAAUUGACGACGCUGUUGCCCUAAUCCGAAAUUCGAAGCACAUCCUUGUAUUGACCGGAGCAGGCAUCAGCGUGUCGUGCGGAAUUCCGGACUUCCGAAGUACACAGGGCAUCUAUGCUCAGCUAAGAGAGAGCGAGAUUGGCCAAACUCUGGCAGAUCCACAGCAGAUGUUCGACCUCAAGUUCUUUAAGGAGAAUCCUAGCGUGUUUUAUUCUUUUGCUCAUCGUAUCUUUCCAUCCAAUUUCAAGCCCUCGCCAUGUCAUUACUUCAUCAAACUCCUAGAAGACAAAAGCAAGCUGUUACGUAAUUAUACCCAAAACAUCGACACCCUUGAAACCGUCGCAGGAGUGAAGAAAGUCCUCAACUGCCAUGGCUCUUUUGCGACUGCGUCUUGCAUCACAUGCGGAACACAAUUUCCAGGAGAGGAAAUCAAAGAGGACAUCUUUGCGGAGAGGAUACCAAAGUGUACAGUAUGCAUCGGUAAGGGCAGAGAGGCGGGAAAGAAGAAGAGCAAAGGGAAGGGCAAAAUGAAGCCGUGGGAAGAGGAGGUGACGGAUGAGGAUGAAUAUAAGUCUAUUUUAAAGCCGGAUAUUACGUUCUUUGGAGAGAAGCUAACGUCAAGAUUCGACAAAGCGCUCUUCGAAGAUCGUGAAGAAGUAGAUCUCCUCCUAGUCAUCGGUACCUCCCUCACCGUAGCUCCAGUGUCCGAGAUUCUUCACCACAUUCCACAUUCCAUCCCGCAGAUCAUCAUCAAUAAGACUCCAGUCCCGCACGUAAACCCCGACAUCGUAAUUCUCGGCGAAGCAGACGAGGCAGUGCGCUAUCUCUCGUACCGUCUCGGUUGGGAACUUCCCAUCCCGCCUUCGUCCGAAGCAGCACACAAGCGUCCAAGGGAAGACGUGCCUGUGCCUCCUGAGCGUGUGGGCCAGACAUGGAUCUGGACGUUUGGGAGUGCUGAUGGUGGAGAGUGGCUUGAAGAGGUGAAGGAGGGGAAGAUAAGGCGAUAUAUGCUCGCUUCGAGUGAUGAUGAGAGCGGGGAGGACGAAGGGGACGAGGAGGUGUCGGGGGAUUACCUGAGGCCUCCGAAGGGCAGGGAUAGCGAGGAGAGCGAUAAUAGUCAGGCAUCAAAGCGCCGGCGCCUGCAGUAGGCGCAUCUAGGCAGAUGCGGGUAUCAUCAUGCUGGUUGGAAAAUUACAUGCAAGAGUGUACAAUCUAGAGUAUAACAGAGCAACACAAUGUCAUGAGUAGAACAUCGUGUGCGGCUAG